AUGUCUUCCCCAAAUAACACGUCCACCUCGCCCGGCGACGGCACCGGGGGCGGCGCAGUGCAAAACCCGGACGAGAAGCCGCGCUUGACGGAGGAGGAGAAGAAGCAGAACCACAUUGCAUCAGAGCAGAAGCGUCGCCAGGCCAUCCGCGAGGGUUUCGACCGCCUGACGGAGCUCGUCCCGGGCCUCGAGGGCCAGGGCCGCUCCGAGGGCCUCGUCCUCAAGCGCACCGUCGAGUUUAUGCGCCAGCAGAUCGAGGAGCGCCGCGUCAUGGUCGACCAGAUCGAGCGCGCCGGCGGCCGUGUCGACGACGAGCUCAAGAAGUGA